AUGGGGUCGACGCGGCUGUCCGCGGAGCAGGUCACGCGCGGCGUGAAUGACAUCUCCAAGGCCAACCUUGGGGAGGACUGGCGGUUCGGCAAGGCGCCGUACAGCCAGUCGAACCCGGCGCCGCAGGUGAGUGUCUGGUCUCCUUACUUUGCUGCCGCGCACCUUCUCAUCCGUCCUGACGCGACGCGGGGGGUACUUCUGAACGCGAUUCGGCAUCCUUGCGCCCGGGCCCCGUCGCAGGUGGCGCCGGUGGCGCCAGAGGAGCCCGCGGCUCACGGCGGGGAGGAGGUGGCCGAGUCCAACGCCGGUGCUGGGUGUCGCGCGGUGGCGUUGGGCGGGGGAGGCGGCGACGCGGGCGGAGCCGGGUCCUCGCACGGGGCGGCGCCGAGCAGCCCUCAUGGGAAGGACAGCGUCGCGCCGCGACCCCGGGCCCCGAAGAGCACGGCGGACCCGGUCAGGGCCGGGAGGCCGGCCAAGAGGAAACGCGGCGGCGGGCACGGGAGGCCAACCCGGUCGCCAAUCGCACUGGCGAGGGCGGCGGCGGAAGCCGUGACCGCCGAAGGGGCCGUGUUCCGCUGGAGCCGGUCCGACCUUGCCGACCAGGCCGAGGUGGAGGGACGGGCCGACUCGGACCUCGGCCUGAAUCCAAACGAUGCCGAAGCCUUGGCCUGGCGGGACAGGAACUGGGCCGAGGCGGCGCUGGAGGCGGCGUCGGUCCGGGCUUGGACCGACGCGGCGGCGGCAUGGGCGCGACCCGGCGUGGAGCCGACCUGGGGCGAGAUGCCGGAGGGCACGGUGGUGGAGGCGACGGUCUUUGAGCCGUCGUCGGUGAGGGAGCGUGGCCGUGGAGGCCGGGCUGAGGUGGUGAUCCCCGACCGGCAGGUCGUGGAGGUGGAGGAUGACACCCCGCCGCGGGCCGACGUGACGCUGCGGGCGGCGGCGUCGGAGGCGCCGCCGGUUUUGGAGGAGGCACCGCGGGCGGCGGUGCCGGAGGCCACCCCGGCAGUUGGGCCGGAGACGGCGACGCAGGGCGUCCCGGCAUCCGGGUCAGAGACAGCGGCGCAGGGCGUCCCGGCGCCCGGGUCGUCGGAGGAGGUGCUGGCCGCGUCGCGAGCGGCCAGCAGGGAGUACGCCUUGCAUCUCGACGGCUUCUGGGUCGCCGCCUUCAAUCGUCUCCUGAGCAAGCACCGAGAGCUCAGGGAGGAGCUUGCCGCCAAGGAAGAGGAGCUCCGCGUCGCCGCAUCCGAGGUGCUGUCCUGGCGGACUCGUCUGCUCCGGGCCGGUCAUCACUACGACCGGCUCGUUGCCGACACCGGCCGUCUUGGCGUCGAGGCGGCGUAG